AGUAAAAGAAAACAAUAAGAGAAGAGAAAUGGAAGAGAAGACUAGGAGGGCAAAGCUUGCAAAAGAGAAAGCUGAACAAGAAAAAGUGGAACGCCAGAAGAAAAAGAAACAGCUCAUCGAUAUAAACAAAGAGGGUGAUGAGACUGGUGUGAUGGAUAAUCUUCUAGAAGCCCUACAAUCAGGUGCAGCAUUCCGAGACCGCAGAAAGCGGAUUCCAAGGAAUCCAGAUAACAGACGGGUACCUAUGGAAAGGUCACGCUCUCGCCACAAUGGAGCUAUCUCAUCUAAGUGAUUCCUGAUGCCAAAGAAUAUGAAAAAUAUUUAAGUAAACAAAAUCAUAUGUUUUCAGAAGAACAAAACAUGCAUUCAAGGGUCAGAGUGGAUAUAAGUGUAUUUCUGCAAAGGUCAAGCUAAACUGGAUGAAUUGAUGUGCAUUUGUAGAACUAUCACUAGACUCCUCCCACAAUACCUAUGUGACAGCUCACAGGACUAGAAAUAUUUGUUCCACUUUAGCAUAAAAAUGUCUGUUCUUUGUUGUUGUGUGACCUGACUCUGAAGAGGGAAUUGUAAAAAAUUGAAGAGUUUUGAGACUUUCAAAUAUUUAAAAUCCUAAAUUUCUAGGUCAC